AUGGCUAUCCAGGCUCAUAGCAAGGUCAAGGUUGCAUAUUAUUAUGAUGGGGAUGUUGGAAAUUACUAUUAUGGUCCAGGGCAUCCGAUGAAGCCGCACAGAAUUCGAAUGGCUCAUAAUCUCAUUCUCAAUUAUGGUCUUUAUCGGCGAAUGGAAGUUUAUAGACCGCAUGUAGCGACGUUUGAGGAAAUGACGAAGUAUCACAGCAAUGAUUACUUGACAUUCUUGAAAAAUGCACGACCGGGAGAUAUCACUGAUAACAAGGCAGCUAAAACUCGUGAACGAUAUAAUUUUAGCGAAGAUUGCCCCAUUUUUCACGGUAUAUAUGAAUUUUGUCAGACUUCAUGCGGUGGCUCUCUUGCUGCGGCAGCGAAACUUAACAAGAAGCAGGCAGAUAUAACGAUAAAUUGGAUGGGUGGUUUACAUCAUGCCAAGAAAAGCGAAGCUUCUGGAUUCUGCUACACAAAUGAUAUUGUUUUGGCGAUUCUUGAGCUUCUCAAACAUCAUCAACGUGUUUUAUACGUCGACAUUGAUGUCCAUCACGGUGAUGGUGUCGAAGAAGCAUUCUAUACAACAGACCGUGUAAUGACUGUUUCAUUUCACAAAUUUGGUGAAUAUUUCCCGGGUACUGGAGAUGUUCAGGAUAUCGGCUUAGGCCAAGGAAAAUACUAUGCCGUAAAUUGUCCUUUGCAUGAUGGUAUCGAUGAUGACACGUAUCAGUAUAUAUUCAGAUCUAUUAUGGAACAGGUUAUGCUAUCAUAUCAGCCAUCAGCCAUCGUCCUACAGUGUGGUGCUGAUUCAUUAGUUGGUGAUAGACUUGGAUGUUUUAAUCUUACUCUAAAAGGACAUGGUAAAUGUGUUGAAUUUAUGAAGAAAUUCAAUCUCCCACUUUUGUUACUUGGUGGAGGUGGUUAUACCAUUCGUAACGUUGCACGCUGUUGGGCCUAUGAGACAUCGAUUGCUUUAGAUGUCGAAAUAUCAAAUGAAUUGCCUUACAACGAUUAUUUUGAAUACUAUUCAACUGAUUUCAAGCUUCAUAUUAUUCCAUCAAAUAUGACGAAUCUUAACACACUUGAUUAUCUUCAAAAAGUGCAGUCGACGAUUUUUGAACAUUUGCGUUACUUACCACAUGCUCCCGGUGUGCAAAUGCAGCCAAUAAAAGACGGAAUCACUGGAACGUCUGCCGGCGAAACAGUAUCAGGAACUACAUAUAAGCGCUUCUCGAUUUUAGAAAAUUGUGUGGAAGGCGAUAAUGAAUUUUAUGAGGAGCAUGGCAUGAAAUCAAACCGAAAUGAACGAUCUCAUAAUCUUGAACCUGAAAAUUUAUCACCAAAAGUCAAGCGAUUUCGGAUCUCAUCACCAAAUUCUCCAAAGAGUCCAAAAUCUCCUAGAUCAUUUCUAGGGCUCUUAAAUAAUCAUCCUGAGAAUAUUUAA